UCGGGGGACAUGUGCGCUGGCCCAGACCGCCCGCGACCAUGAGCCUGACCGCCCGCGUUUCCUGCUCCAUGCUCAGCUGUUUCGGGGAGGAGGGCCCCCCCAGCCUGGAGUAUAUCCACGCCAAGGAUCUGUUUCCCCCCAGGGAACUGGUGAAGGAGGAGGAAAACCUGCAGGUGCCCUUCACCGUGCUGCAGGGUGAGGGAGUGGAGUUCCUGGGCCGGGCAGCCGAUGCUCUCAUCGCCAUCUCCAACUACCGGUUGCAUAUCAAGUGUAAGGACUCUGUCAUCAACGUCCCCCUCCGGAUGAUUGACAGUGUGGAGAGCCGGGAUAUGUUCCAGCUGCACAUUGCCUGCAAGGACUCCAAAGUGGUGAGGUGCCACUUCUCCACUUUCAAGCAGUGCCAAGAGUGGCUCUCUCGCCUAAGCCGGGCCACAGCAAGACCUGCCAAGCCUGAGGACCUCUUUGCCUUUGCCUACCACGCCUGGUGCCUGGGGUUGACUGAGGAGGACCAGCACACCCACCUGUGUCAGCCAGGAGAGCAUGUCCGAGGUCGGCAGGAGGCAGAGCUUGCAAGGAUGGCUUUUGACCUACAGAAUGUCUGGAGAGUCUCCCACAUCAACAGCAACUACAAAUUGUGCCCCAGUUACCCCCAGAAGCUGCUGGUUCCCGUGUGGAUCACAGAUAAAGAGCUGGAGAGUGUGGCUUCAUUCCGCUCCUGGAAGCGGAUCCCCGUGGUUGUGUAUAGACACCUGCGCAACGGGGCUGCUAUCGCCCGCUGCAGCCAGCCUGAGAUCAGCUGGUGGGGCUGGCGCAAUGCUGAUGAUGAAUACCUGGUCACGUCCAUCGCCAAAGCCUGUGCUCUGGACCCAGGGACAAGGGCCUCGGGGAGUUCCUCCAGCACCGGCAGUAGUGAUGCGAGCGAGGCGUGUGACGCUGGUUUUGAUUCCUCCCUGACGGCGUGCUCCGGGGCGGAGAGCAGCCAAGCUCCCCAGAAGCUGCUGAUCCUGGACGCACGCUCCUACACGGCAGCAGUGGCCAACCGGGCCAAGGGUGGAGGUUGUGAAUGUGAAGAGUACUAUCCCAACUGUGAGGUUGUGUUCAUGGGCAUGGCCAACAUCCAUGCCAUCCGGAAUAGCUUCCAGUACCUCCGGGCUGUGUGUAGCCAGAUGCCGGAUCCCAGCAACUGGCUGUCUGCACUGGAAAGUACCAAAUGGCUGCAGCACUUGUCGGUGAUGCUAAAGGCAGCUGUGCUGGUGGCAAACACCGUAGACCGAGAAGGCCGGCCGGUGCUCGUACACUGCUCGGACGGCUGGGACCGGACGCCACAGAUUGUAGCCCUGGCUAAAAUCCUGCUGGACCCCUAUUAUCGGACACUGGAGGGCUUCCAAGUGUUAGUGGAGUCUGACUGGCUGGAUUUUGGACACAAGUUUGGCGAUCGCUGUGGCCACCAGGAGAAUGCAGAGGACCAGAGUGAGCAGUGCCCCGUGUUCCUCCAGUGGCUUGAUUCCGUCCAUCAGUUGCUCAAGCAGUUCCCUUGCCUAUUUGAGUUUAACGAAGCAUUCCUGGUGAAACUGGUUCAGCACACAUACUCCUGCCUCUACGGCACCUUCCUGGCCAACAACCCCUGUGAACGAGAGAAGCGCAGCAUCUACAAGCGGACCUGCUCUGUGUGGGCUCUUCUGCGAGCUGGCAAUAAGAACUUCCACAACUUCCUCUAUACACCCAGCUCAGAGAUGGUCCUGCAUCCUGUGUGCCAUGUGCGGGCCCUGCACCUCUGGACAGCUGUUUACCUGCCCGCUUCGCCUCCCUGCACCCUCGGGGAGGAGAGCAUGGAGCUCUACCUUUCCCCCGUGAUGCAGAGCCAGGAGUUCUCGGGCCGCUCUCUGGACAGAUUGCCUAAAACCAGAUCCAUGGAUGACCUUCUUUCUGCCUGUGACACAAGCAGCCCCUUUACGCGCACGUCCAGUGACCCUAACCUGAACAAUCACAGUCAGGAGGCCAGGGUAGGCCUGGAGCCUUGGCACAGCGGUCCUGAAGGAUCCGAGACAGCCUGUGAGAAAUCAGGGCCAGGAGGUCCUCAGCCAGCUGCCGGAGAAAUGGGCCCUCCCACUCUGUCCAGCAGCCAGGAAGACGACUUGAGCAAUAAGCCUUUCAAGAGCCACAGAAACUGUUCUCCGAGUUACGAACUGUGUAAUACUGCUGUGCCCCAGGAAGUGGAAAGCAACCCCUCUGAUCUUGAGGUCAAAGUCCCAGAAGAGACGACGGUACCCGCUCUAGACCCUCCUGCCCAGGAUGAACGGAAUAGAACUUUAGAUGGCACCAGGGAGGAGCCCGCUGAACACUGUCCUGAGAAAGAGGCUGUCAGUGUACUCUCUGAGGCCGUUCUUGUCCGGUGUGAUGGAAUUGGUGAUUUUCCCGAGUCUUCCCAGCAUGCUCUUUCGGGAGUUCCCCCCCAGGCCCAGCUGAACUCCAUGCACUGUGUGCCCUCUAGUUGUACUUCAGAUCCCAGUCUUUGUGACCCACUGAGUGCUCCCUGCCAAACUCCUCUAGACCCAAGCCCUGACUUCCUCAGCCAAGAUCCCUCAGGGUCUGUGGCAAGUAUCUCCCACCAUGAACACCCCACUCCUGUGCCCGAUCUGAUGCCUGGGGAGGAAGACUCUGGCAAAAGGGGGACUAGGCUAAAUGGGCAGUUAUUGGAAAAUCCUCGGUUUGGGAAAAUGCCAUUGGAAUUGACCCGAAAGAUGGUUUCUCAGAGCCAGAUCAGUGAGUUCUCUCUUCUGGGGUCCAACUGGGACAGCUUCCAAGGGAUGGUGACUUCAUUGCCAAGUGGGGAGACCACCUCUCGGCGGCUGCUUGCCUAUGGCUGUUGUAGCAAGAGGUCAGGCAGCAAGCAGAUGAGGGCAACGGGGCCCUGCUUUGGGGGCCAGUGGGCUCAGAGAGAAGGUGUGAAGUCGCCCGUCUGUUCGAGUCAUUCUAAUGGACACUGUACUGGCCCAGGAGGCAAAAACCGGAUGUGGUUGUCCGGUCACCCAAAGCAGUUAUCCCAUACAAAGCCUGUUCCCUUGAGUUGCUCUUCUCCAGUGCCUCCUCUCUACCUGGAUGACGAUGGACUGCCCUUCCCUACGGAUGUGAUCCAGCAUAGAUUGCGACAAAUUGAAGCAAGCUACAAGCAAGAGGUGGAACAGCUACGCCGGCAGGUGCGUGAACUUCAGAUGAGGCUGGAUAUCCGUCAUUGCUGUGCCCCUCCAGCAGAGCCCCCCAUGGACUACGAGGAUGAUUUUACGUGUUUAAAGGAGUCAGACGGCAGUGAUACAGAGGAUUUUGGCUCUGAUCACAGUGAAGAUUGCCUUUCAGAAGCAAGCUGGGAACCUGUGGAUAAGAAAGAAACUGAGGUGACUCGCUGGGUUCCUGAUCACAUGGCAUCACAUUGCUAUAACUGUGACUGUGAAUUCUGGUUGGCCAAACGAAGGCACCAUUGCAGAAAUUGUGGGAAUGUAUUUUGUGCUGGAUGCUGCCACCUGAAGUUGCCCAUUCCUGAUCAGCAACUUUAUGACCCAGUUCUUGUCUGUAACUCAUGUUACGAACACAUCCAAGUAUCUCGUGCCAGGGAUCUCAUGAGCCAACAUCUGAAGAAACCCAUUGCUACGGCCUCCAGCUGAAUGCCAGAGACGACGACGUGUCCGAUUUUUAGCAGGUUUGAAGGGAGGAUCUGCUUCAGGUGGAGUUGUGACGGCUUUUUGGUGUGGCUCCUGAAUCCACAGAGCUCAAAGAUGCCGUCCUGAGAAAUCCUCCUUGGGACGAUGGGACUGGAGGCAGAGGAAUUCCAACUUAGCAGGAGGGCCUUACCUUGAGGUAAAGGUCCUGAUCCAGACCCCAAGUCUGGAGGCUUAAUGUUGAAUUGGUGACUCAGCUUCUUUCUCCUGGGGCCCACAAGAUAAUGAUUUCAUAGAUCCUUCCUGGUGCAAAAGUGCCCCAAACAGCAAUAGAAAGGCAUAUGUAUAACCAAACUCCAGGUGAUAACCACACCCAUCCCUCCUCUGCCUUGAACAAUGCCGAGUAUAGUAUCUAAGAGGAAUUUCUCUCCCUCUUGAGAUGAACCCCCCACACCUCUGUGCUCUGUGUCUGUGCAUGAAGGCUCAGUCUUAGAGGCACUCCCCUAGUCGCAUCAGUUCUGUCUUUCUGUGGAGUUUGGUUCAAAGACUGGUUCAGCAAGUGGAGGUUCUGGUGUAUUUUUCCCUUUGGUCAUCGACCAGCAUCAGUGAAUAUUCAAUUUAGGGGAACCGUUCUAGGGGUCAGACAUUUGGGGAGCAGAGGGAAGCUCUGCUGACGGCCCAUCCUAAGGAAAGUCAGUACUUGGAGCCGUGAGGGCACUCUGUUAUUGCGCAGCGAGAGCUCUUGAGGUAGCACUGUGAAGGAUGAGGAAUGGGGAACAGCAAACAAGGCCCUUGUGAACUAUCUGCUGAGUUGUGCCCUACCCCUUUAACCAGGCUUCCUAGUUGUCCUGGUGCUAACACAGGAGCUACACCUUGGUCCUCUCCAGGCAUGAAAUAAACAUUUUUUGGAGUGUUCCAUCACCCACUUCCCCUGUGUUGUCUUUCCCUUGGCUGCCGCCGCUCUGGGUCACUCUGCUUCUGAUCCUGAACACUUGACGCCUCGAGGGUAGGUUGUAGGUUUGACUUUUCACCUCCUGGAAUGUGCUGUUUGGUUUGUGAGGGUUUCAGUACAAAUGCUGCUGUCUACUUCUGUGCACUUACCAAUGGAACCCAAACAGAAGGGAGUAAAGCAUUGAUACCAAAAUUGGGGAAAUGUGUCCAUUUGGACCAAACAUUGUUUUUCUUUUUAUUCUUUUUUUUUUUUCCAUCUUAAUAUGUACCAGUGGCACUUAACCAAAAGCUACAGUGAUAUAACCAUGUACUGUGGUUGGAACAGAUACAGUCUCCUUGGCCUAUAAUGAAACCGCUAGGAAUUUGUUUAUACAAUUUUAAUUUUUGGUGUAUAAGAGGUGAAUUACAUUUAGGCUUAAUCCUGCUUUUAAAACAUGGUAGUCAUCUCACUAUUUUCAUGAUACUUUCUAGAAAAACCUACAAAGAACUAGGCUCUGUAUUUAGAACAAGGAUUGCUGUCUGUCCUGACCUUUUCCCAGCCCUACGGAGAAGCAUCUGCUACUUUUAUCCUUGACACGAUGUAACCUAAAAAGUUGUGGCGUAUUUAGGUCAGCCUAGCAGAACUUUUUUAGAUGGAGUUGAAUAAUGGAGAUUUUGUGUCUGGGAAAUUCCUGAGAUCAUUGAGAAAGUAACAAACUAUUCCUUGUCUCUGAUACAUAAAAUUAAUGCUAAGCAUUCUCAAUCAUUCAGAUUUACUGCCAGUUGGGAGUGGCUUUUUAUUAACUUGACUUUGAUUGCACUUCACUCUGCCCGUUUUCAGGGGGAGCAAGAGUGCUAACAUUUGGGGAGACUGUAUCUGUCCAUCUCGCGUGGCUGUUUUGAGGGGCUGUCCUAUCAGUGAGCAAACUGCAUGGCCUUGGAGAGAGAGACUGGGCUCUCAGCUCAGAUGCAUUCAUCAAAUACUCCUUUCAGAGCUCUUGUGGGUGUUAAGUGACAUGAGAUGGCCAAAAAUCCAAACUGUGCAGUCGCGUUGUGACAAACAUACAAUGUGCUGUAAAAUCUCAAUACAAUUUAAAUAAAAUCUCUAUAUUAGU